ACAAGGUUGGUGCAUGCCUUAUAUUGGGGCUAUGAAGGGGAACAUAAAGGUCAGCAAUGCAUAUGUAUGGGGUGGAAUAUGAAUGAAAUGAAAUGUAUGCUAGAGAGGCGGGGAUGGGAUAGAGAAGGGAGGGAGCUGCUACCUAAAGCCCUCACAUCUCCUGCACACACAUGGACAGAGCAUGGGAAGCAUCGCCCACAGCACUGUGUCCUCAGUCCUGUAUCCUGAUCAAGAGGCACAUUCCAUGGGGCUACCUGUCUCCACCCUGUGAGGACAUCAUCUCCAGGACCUACCACCCCCAGAUCGCCCUGAUUUGUAAUCCAUGCCAAGGAUUAGUGAUUGUAAAGAGGUGAUCUGCUCAGUGGGACCAGAUCAGGCUACAGAAAACAUCCCAUAGCAGGAAUGCAGAGAAGAGGGAGGGUUGUGUAGCCCCUCUUCCCAUCUCCUGGUGUAGAACCCAGGGCUCAGUGCUGUGAAAGCCAUGAACGGGUACGGCUCUCCCUACCUGUACAUGGGGGGACCGGUGUCCCAACCUCGUGCCCCUCUACAGAGGACCCCCAAAUGUGCCCGCUGCAGGAACCACGGGGUGCUCUCCUGGCUGAAAGGGCACAAGCGCUACUGCCGCUUCAAGGACUGCUCCUGUGAGAAAUGUAUCCUUAUCAUUGAGAGGCAGAGGGUCAUGGCAGCUCAGGUGGCACUCAGGAGGCAGCAAGCCAACGAGAGCCUGGAAAGCCUCAUACCAGAUACCCUGAGGUCUAUGCCAGGCCUGCCAACCACUCUACCAGCCGACACCAGUCAGCCAACCUCCAGACCAAGCGAGAUGGCCAUCCGAUGGGCACAGGAGCCUUCCUCUACUAUGCAAGUACCAGUGAAAGCAGAUGUGUCUGAAGAGAGGCUAGGUGACAGCAGUGGUACAGACAAUGGCGAAAGCUACAGUGACAAGGACACAGAUCAGAGGUCCCCUCCUGAUGUGAAGCCCUGCUGUACCCCAGAGAGCCCAGAGGUGGUGUCAGUGGAUGAAGCAGGCUAUCCAGUGCGGAAAAAUUGCAGCAGUGCAGAGAGUACCUCAGAGAGCCCCAAGUACCAGCCUGAACACAACCAUCUUCUGAUUGAGGGCUCAUCUGCUGCAGUGUCUCUGCCUUUCAACCUGAAAUCUAACAGACCCCCUCUUGAGGUUCUGAAAAAGAUAUUUCCAAGCCAGAAGCCCACUGUGCUAGAACUGAUCUUGAAGGGGUGUGGAGGUGACCUUGUUGGAGCAGUGGAAGUUCUACUGUCAAGCCGAUCCUCUGUGACUGGUGAGAGAACUACAACAGAAUCUGAAAGCAUUGUGUUACCACAUAAUGGGCAUUUAUUUGAGCACACCCUUAGCUCCUACCCCCUAUCAUCCUCCAAGUGGUCAGUAGGGUCAGCCUUCAGAGUACCCGACACCCUCCGAUUUUCUGCAGAUUCCAGCAAUGUGGUAACAAAUCCCUUAGCUGUGCCCCUACAGCACCCUUUCCCGCAACCCCCAAGGUACCCUCUUCUCCUGAGAAACACUUUGGCAAGAAACCAGUCUAGUCCCUUUUUGCCCAACGAUGUUACCUUGUGGAACACUAUGACCCUACAACAGCAGUACCAGCUUAGAUCACAGUAUGUUAGUCCCUUUUCUAGCAACUCCACCACAGUCUUUCGGAGUUCACCUGUCCUUCCUCCUAGAGCUCCUGAGGACCCCAGGAUCUCUGUUCCAGAGGACAGCUGCCCCAUUGUAGUGAAACAACCCAUUUACACAGAGGAGGACUAUGAGGAGAGAUCAGACUCAGCAGACUCCAGAAUCCUCAACACUUCUUCCUAACCAACAAAGUCACAGUACAAUUGUAUAUAUGACUAUUUCUCAUUCAAGAGAACUGCCUUAUUUAUCCCAUAUUCAUUGCACUUAAUUAAGCAAUAAAACGUGAACACCCACAAACUAAUUUCCAGUUAGGGACUAUGCACAUUGUCCACAUCAACGCAAGUGCUGGUAUGUGAUGACCCUAAAAUCAAAGAAAAACUUCUCUUCAUGGGUUUAUUCUAUGACCUAUUUAAUAUGAUUGAUAUAUUGUUGCUUUUCCAUGUAUUAUGUAAUAUGACAAAUGGUUAAGUAUAUGUCACAGUCAAAGGAAGAAAAGAGAAUAUGUGACCUUUGCAGAUAUCAUCACCCUAUCUAUUUGUUCUGAAAUAACUGAGCAUAUGUAAUAUUACAAACAGUAUGUGAACUGCAUGAAUUGCAUUGUUAAAUGAGCCCAAGAUUAAACAUUGUCAGGUUAAUGUAGCAUGCUAAGGACUCUAGAUGAAAUAAAAAUGAUGAUGAGCAUGUCAUU